AUGGCGUUCCAAGAUGCGUGGCAGACUGCGCUCCAUGCCGAAAAAGAGCUCUUGCAGCGCCUUGUUGAGAAGGAGCCCACCUUCGCCGAAAUCUCUCACUUUUUAUCAGAGUCAGUCCCGUUACCUACAUUGCCGUGCGGCUUCCAGCUGACAGCAGCGAACUUGCACAGAUUCCGCACCGCUUGUCAAAACGCCAUCCUCCUCGACUUCGAGACCGCUCGCGAUACCGAUGUCGAAGGUCGCCUGUGGGACGCGCAUCUGAAAUUGAAUACUCGGUUUCGCAAGCUGCUUUCCCGCUACCGCGAGGAAAACGCUAAAAAGAAGCCGGUCGAGAAGCGCAAGCUCGAGAAGCACUACCUAGACUUUAUCAAGUCGAGCCAGCGGUUCUACCGGGGAUACAUCCAGCACCUCUCGUCGCACUUUGGAGGCAUUGUGGAACUGGACAAGGUCGCGCGCAAGUUCAAUUAUGAGAACUUGUCGACGCAGCUUUCGUCCAUCGUUACACCUGAUUUGCACAAGCGCAUCCUCCAAUCCUGCCAUGCGACACUAAUCCGACUCGGCGAUCUUUCUCGCUAUCGCGAAACCGAACUCGUCGCCAAGGACCGCAACUGGGGCCCUGCAAUUGGAUACUAUGAUUUGGCUUCGGUGAUCUACCCCGUCUCUGGCGCAUCGCACAACCAGCUGGCUGUCAUCGCCCUCGCCGAUGGUAAUCAUCUCCGAGCCACCUAUCAUCUGUACAGAGCAUUGUCCGCCCAAGACCCGCACCCUUCCGCAAAAGGAAACCUGGAGAUUGAAUUUCGCAAGAUUAUGAAUCUGUGGACCAAGAGGGAGCUGAUCCGUCCGGAGGAUGCCGGUUUUCCAGGAAGAGCCUUGGCUCCUUGGUUCGUCUACCUUCAUGCACAGUGUUAUAAAGGCAAUGAUUUCCCGGAGCAUGACGAACUGGAGAGUGAGGUGAUGAGCCAGUUGUCCGUCGACAUUAGAGAACGUUCUCUUGAGGGAACUCUCCAGAAGUUGUGCCUCGUCAACAUUGCUGCCGAAGACUUUGCCCGAACUCGGUCUACUGAGGAGUCCGUCUCGAAUGCUCGCGCCUUUUUCCAAAGAAUCAACGUGAAGACUUUCUUUACUUUGUUGCAGAUCCUUUUGGUUGAACUGGAGCGAUUUGCCGCUGAAGAUUCCAGCACAAGCAGCAAAGAUACCCUCAAGAAUGGUCCGGAUAAGGUGACUGUCGUCGCGCGACGGAUCUUGCCUGCGCUGCGCCAUUACAGCUCUUGGCUUCUGACUACUAGUGAUCUCCUGGUUGCGCAAAAAGAAGAGAAGGACUCGAUCCUCUCCAUUCAGAUCCAGGAGUUCUGGAAAAUAUAUGCGGGCACUCUUACACUCCUUGCGUCUACUUUCGAUGUUGUACAUCUCCCAGAGAUCGACUAUCUUCUGGAAGAAGACGAAGAAAGUCUCGGAUUCGCACCCUUGGAUCAACCGGCAACCUCCCGCCGAUACCUUGGCAUGGGUGACCAGAUCAAGCCUCGUGUGAAUGAUCCUGGUGUCGAAAGAAGCCAUCCCAAUGAGGAGAUGCUCUACCGAAUUCGCGAGUUCGUGAUUGAUGGUUUGGACCUUGUCGUCAGAAAUAAAAUCCCUAUUACGCUUGUCGACGACGAGGAUAAGAAGACUUUCAUUUACCAAGAGGACGGCCUUCCCUCUCAGUUCUUUUCAAGCCCUCAUUCCCGUCAGCACACUCUGUCAACCCCGAAUAUUGAGCGAGACGAGAUUCCCCAGGCAACACAGGACUCGAUCUCUGUUGCCGAGGGUCGCAGCAUGUUUGAUGGCUCACAGUCGGCGUCUGCAUCGAUGUCUGCUAACAUGCACGGCAUUGUCGAGGGCGUAGAGCGAUUGGUUGAGUCUGACACAUACGAGAAUUCUCCCGAUUUCCCAAAUCAGUUCUCGUACUUCCAUGACAGUGGAGAAAUGCCCACGCCUUCUGCGCGAAUGGCAUCAACGGCCAAUCCUUUCCCUUUUAACGAGAGAACUCCGCAACAGUUCAGCACCCCCCUUGCCCCGCCGGGUCUUGGUCCACCUGCCGUCAAUGCAGCCGAUUCUCUUCGCGGAUCUAUCUCCCAAGGUUACGGAGCAUUACCUGCCCUCCCAAGUAUCUGGAACACUUCGUCUCCCGGUCCACUGAGAGAUGGAGCUUCUCCGAGGACCCCUCCAGGCCUGGGAGGACAAUCUCCAAUGCACGCAAUGGGUCCAGCAGGCAUGAACGCCUCCGAGCGAUCCCCAUCGCAGGACCAGAUGACAAAUGAUCUCCUUCGCCAGAGUCUCGCGGGCCAAUCCCAGUUCUCACAUGGCAUCGACACCGCUAGCUCUAUUCCAUCCUCAUGGAUUCCUCCGACCAACCUAUCCGCGCAACCGUGUCCCCCAGGGAACAGCUGGGACCGCGACAUGGGUCGUAUGACUUUCGGCUCCUACAAGCUUCCUAGCCAGCCAAUGUCCAGUGGCAUGCCAGGGCAAGCCUGGGCAAACGACGCCUUCAUCGCGAGUAGUCUAGCCUCAGGUGCCGGGCACUAUAACUCCGCAUUCAGUGGCCACCGCAAGCCAGCGACCCAGCUUGGCGCAAUUGGCCAGACCCCGCCAUGUGGCCAAGGCGGUUGA